GAUUGAAUCAUCCGUAUUUUCAUGUGCUUACUCAAGUUAUUUUUGAUGUUGAAUUUUCACAAUUUUCAAUGUUCUUCAGCCAAUUUAAAACAAGCAUCGCUUUAUUUUCCAUCAUAAAAACAUAAAGAGUUCCCAAGAAAUUGUUACUUUCCCGACAUUUCCUUUAAAUUAAAAAAAACCGAUGGGUUCCUUUCUAGGACACCUUAAUGCAUUUUUCAUGUAGUGGUGUCAAGAUGGGAAAGUUACUUUGACUUUUGAGGAGCUUUUUUCACUGUGUCCAUUGUGCAAAAGUGGAAAAAUACAGCGAUUUUCAUCAAAGGACCCCACCGGAAGCGCAGGAAAUCAUCACACUUCCCAAGCCUAGAACGUGUGUUUUCCGAUAGAGACGCGCGAGAGACGUCGCGAGAAGAAAACUCUGUGUAAGAACAAAAAAAAUCGCAAAAAUCGUGCGAAAAGAGAAAAAUUGAAAAGAAAUAAAAAUGCCGGGCGCUGGAACAUUCAAACUCUUCAUCGGGAACAUCGAUGAAAAAACCCAAGCAUCGGAAUUGCGGCCGUUAUUUGAAAAGUACGGCACGGUGGUUGAAUGCGACGUUGUGAAAAAUUACGGAUUUGUUCACAUGGAAAAUGAGCAGCAGGGACGCGAUGCAAUCCAAAAUUUGAAUGGGUACGUGGUGAAUUCGCAGCCAAUGAAGGUGGAAGCCGCGAAAAGUCGUCGAGCCCCAAAUACGUCAACGACAAAAAUCUUUGUUGGCAAUCUCACGGACAAAACACGCGCACCGGAAGUGAGGGAGUUAUUCCAGAAAUACGGAACGGUGGUCGAAUGUGACAUUGUCCGGAAUUACGGCUUUGUCCAUCUGGAUUGCGCGGGUGACGUGAACGAAGUGAUCAGGGAGUUGAAUGGAAAAGUUGUGGACGGGCAGCCGUUGAAAGUGCAGGUGUCGACGAGUCGCGUGCGUCCAAAGCCAGGCAUGGGUGAUCCGGAACAGUGCUACAGGUGCGGUCGUUCGGGGCACUGGUCCAAGGAAUGCCCACGGCUCAUGUUCUCGGAGCGCGGAUAUCGCGGCGAUAGGAUGUACCGCGAUCCAUACCCACCCCCGCCACCGCCGCCAUUCUUGCGGGACAGGAUCAUGGACGGAUUUCGGGAUUCCUAUGACAGCUACUACGAUAGACGCUAUGACGAUGGCAGGGAUUUGUUUGAGCGACGCUACUCCGGAAUGGGGGCAAUGCGUGGCGGAAGUGGCUCCGGAAUGGGGGCGAGGGAAUUUGCAGGAAUGGGCAGUAUGGGGCGUCGUGAGCCAUUGCCCCCACUCCCGCCUCUUGGACGUUCCGGAAGCUCAGGUGGUGGUUCGGGGUUAGGUUCAAUGCGUGGAUCCCUCAGCAGUGGCAAUGGUUCUGGAUAUGAUUCAAUGUUCAGCCGAAGAAGUCCCCCACGAAGUGGAAGCAAUGGAAUGAAUCGAUUUGGAAUCUAUGAGGACUUUAGUCGUGAUUCCUUCGAUGAUCGUCGCCCAGGGAUGAGAGGACCAUCUCCGACGCAUCGUUAUGCGCCCUACUGAGACGAAAUUGAUCCAUAUUUCUACUACUAUUGACUUUAAUUUUUCGUCAAUCAUUCUUUUUUUUUUAAUCAUAAAUUAGUCUCUUUUUUUAAAUUUAAAAAUAGUUCUGCAGAAUUUCCAUAAAAAAUUCUAAUAAUAGAGUUUCUAUAUUGUGGAAUUUAGUGUGCGCCUGUUGAGUUUUUUGCAAGGAAAAUUGCGCAAAAAAAAAGAUUUUGCGUGGAUUUUAUAUUAAAAUCGUCUUUUAAAAGAAUUUUUUUCACAUCACCGAUUUUAAAGGGAUUUUAAUGAAAAAGAGAGAGUUUGAUUUGGAAAAGAAAGCAUAAAUUAUUUCCCACCCAUUAAUGGUGAAAUCACACAAAACAUGUACUAUGGGGCUUAAUAAGUAGAGAUUGUACAUGAAUUUUAUUCUGCAAAUUGUGAAUCAAUAAAUGGAUUAUAGACGUA